UUUACUAGCGAUUUCAGAGUGAACGUUAAUGAGUGUUUAAUUUUCAUGAAUGUCGAAAUGCAAAAACAGUGAUUGCUCUAAAGAAUACUUUAUUUUCUUCAUGCAAAAUAUUUUUUUACUUCUCUUGCUUUGUGGGUGAAUGUGAUCUGCACAUGUUCUUGACGGGUUUCGUGAGAUUCGCUCGUGCAGUGCUGUGUGAUAAUGAGUGAACGCAGUUACCAGCUCCACUCUAUUCACACUGAAUCACAGCGCGAGGACACCCACACUGCGCGAGCUCUCUCUCUCUCUCUCUCUCUCUCUCUCUCUCUCGUGCUGUUAGAGGCGGUGCAUCCUGCGCUCAUUCGUCUGUACAGGGAGUUUGAGUUCCGAUCCUCUUCAUCACACAGAACUGAACCCGCUGACAGUUUUCACGCGGAUCCCGCGCGCGCGCGCACUGCAGAUGCGUUAACACUUUUGUGGCUUCCUUCCACAGAGACUCACAAAGGAAAUAUAUAUCAGACACGCGCAUCAUUCCAGCGGACCGAACCGGAUCUGAAGGUCUGGAUCCGUGGACGGCAAGGCAACAGGAGGAUCUCGAACACAAGUGGAUGUUGAAUCGCGCUUUCCAUGGUGCUGAAAUGAUCUGAUCUGAUCUGAUCUGAUCUCAGCCCCUCAUCAUCAUUAUCAUCAUCGUCAUCAUCUGCACAGCAGGUGCGUCUUUCGCUCUGAGCUGUGAUGCUCUUCAUGGAUUGUAAGAUGGUGGAUGCUCUUCGUGGCCGGAGGAGGUUGCGGGUGUCUGUCUUUAAGCCGCCCUGUUCGUUCUGGUUUCUGCUGCUGUUUGGUGUCGGAGGACUCGUUCUCUUCAUCCACCUGCAGGAUCUGUCUGAUAUGGUGCUACAACAGUCUCCAGGUGUGAAGUUCAGGGGCACGACUCAGUCCAGACAGGAGCAGUGCGCCCAGUUCAGUGAGGUCAUGGGCAGCGUCUCCGCUAGACUCAACCAGCGGUCAGAGGAGGGCGACGUCGACCCCAUCUCACCCAUGCAGCUACCAGAUUUCCAGUGGAAACGACAAGCCGCCACACCGGGCUCCCGAGAGCAUGACCCGGGCUCCCAACAGGUCACCAAACGCCACCGGAAACUUUUAAAGACCAGCCCGGUGCAGCGACCCCACACGAACUCCUCCAUGUUGUCGUCGUCUUCAUCAUACUCGGCCACGGAGAACUCGCGGCGUCUGGCUGACAUUCAGGAGUCCCGUCGACGGAUCGUGCGGGAGGUCUGCGGGAAGUAUCGGAGUAAUAUUUCUCGGACAAUAACGCCGCAUCACGUGUCGCGGAUUUACGUGGAGGACAGACACAAACUGCUGUACUGCGAGGUGCCGAAAGCCGGAUGCUCCAACUGGAAGAGGGUCCUGAUGGUUCUGGCCGGCGUCGCCAACACCACGCAGGAAAUCAAUCACGUGGCCGUUCAUUACGACAAUCACCUGAAACGUCUGGACAGCUUCGACCGGCAAGGCAUAACCAAGCGUUUGGAGACGUACACCAAAGUGCUGUUCGUCCGCGAGCCCAUGGAGCGCCUGGUGUCAGCGUUCAGGGACAAAUUCGAGAGCCCCAAUUCCUACUACCAUCCCGUAUUCGGGAAGCCCAUCAUCUCGAAAUACAGAGUGAACGCAUCCCAGGCGGCUUUGAAGACGGGAAGCGGCGUGACCUUUCGGGAGUUCAUCCACUACCUGCUGGACGUGCACCGUCCCGUAGGAAUGGACAUCCAUUGGGAAGCAACCAACCAACUUUGCAGCCCUUGCCACCUGCACUACGACUUCAUCGGGAAGGUUGAGACCUUGGAAGAAGACGCCAACUUCCUUUUACGAAAGAUCGGGGCCCCGGAGAACCUGACAUAUCCCUCGUUCAAGGACGGGAACCCCAAAGCGGCCAGAACUUCCACUCAGAUCACACAGCAUUAUUUUUCCCAGCUGAACGCUUCGGAGCGGCAGCGGGCGUAUGACUUCUACUACAUGGAUUACCUGAUGUUUAACUACUCCAAACCCUACAAAGACCUCUACUGAAGCUGUGUACGUCGUCCAAUUGAUGCUAGGAUCUGUUCAGACACUAAUUAGACUAAUCCACAUUUACACAGUCUCAUCCUCUACCGUCGAUAACACAGAAUGGUCUUUAUUUACCACCGAAAAGUCUGACCGGAGGUGACUCGACAAGUUACCAGUGACUAGUAACUGACAGCAUACAUUUUAUGUGGUGUGUAAAAACUCAAUCCAGUGUUUAAUAUACAGAUGCACUAACGUUUGAAAGUUUGGGGUCAGUAAGAUUUUGAUACAAUGUUACAGAAGAAUUCCAUUUCAAAUAAAUUCUGUUCUUUUGAACAUUCUUUUCAUCAAAGAAUCCUGAAAAAAAGUAUUGUAUAUCACUGU